AAAGGAAUGUAAAAAUUAUUUUCAGAAAAUAAAAGAGAGAGAGAUCUGAAGAACAAAGGAAAAACCAAAUUACUCUCUCUUACGAACGAACAAAUAUAUACAAACGCUUUCUCCUCUCUUCGUCUCCUUCUUCAGAUCGAAAACCCUAAUUUUUGUUUCCAUUCUUCGACAAUCCCAUCGACUUUUUUUUUUGUUUUUUGAAAUUGUUCGUUUCGAGAUCUCCCUCUUGUUUCCUCCCUCCACACGAAUUUCAACAAUAUCUUCUCGAUCUUUGCGUCAGGAUCUAGGGAGCUCUUUGGAUUUCGAAGUUCCUUCUCAAUCAGUCGUAACAACGGGGCGAUUUUGGUUGGGUUUAAAUGGAUUCAAUGGUGAUUAAAAAAGCAUUGAUUUGAAUCAGUUGGAGGGGAAAACAUUUCUUCCCUCUUGCGAGAUUUCAACUAUAUUUUUCCCCAAUGGCAUCAGCUAGUUCUCGGAGGCAAGAGGUCGCUGAAGCUGGACGCCGUAAGCUUGAGCAGUUUCGGAAACAAAAAGCAGCAGAAAGAGCUAAAAAGGCAUCACAGACUAGUACUACCACACAGCCUGUUGAUAAUAGCCAGCAAAGUGUCUCAGAUUCAGAUGGAGCUGUGUCAUCUCUGCCUAAUGGACCUCUCAAGCAAUCUUCUCAAGUUUCCUCGUAUGAAACCGAUGUACAUAAUUUAUCGUUCUCGAAUAUAGCAACACCGAAUGAUGGAAGUAAAGAAAGAAGUGAAAAAGAUGAUGGUCAGGAAUCAGUUGGCAAAGAUGAUUUUUCUAAUAGCUUAGAGUUGAUUGGUUCCUCCAAGGACUUAACAGUGAAUAAUAGGCCUGAAGUUGUACCUUAUAGCAAUAUAGACAAGCAAUCGAGUGAGAGUUUUGGUCGUGCUUCUACUCUAAGAGAAAGUGAUGGUGUUGUUAAAAGCACAUCUCCUUUUUCUGGAAGCACUCUGCUAUCUACCUCGAUGCAAAUGGACGGUUUCUAUCAUGGCAGUGGAUUAAUCUCACCAAGGAAAGACUCUCUACAACCUACUACCAGAAUGGCAGGGUCUUUUCACGAAGUUGCCAAAAACCAACAGGGAAGUGGUGAACAAGGCGGAGGUAGCAUUGUGCAGAAGCCAACUUUGUCUAGCAGUUAUUUGUUUAGUUCUCCAGACAUAUCAUCUCAACCUUCUGAAUCUUCAGAUUUCGGUGUAAAUAACACAAGCUCUUCACCAUAUAACUCAGCUAAAAGUGAAGCAACUGUGAAGAGAUCUCGUCCGUCUUUCCUUGAUUCCCUCAAUAUUUCAAGAGCGCCAGAGACUCAAACUCAAUAUCAACACCCUGAGAUUGAAGCGGAUUUCGUUACAUCCAGUAGUUCUCAACUAACUGGCAAUGAUGGUUUUGGGCCAUCUUCACUCCAGUAUAAUACAGGGAAAAGAGAUAGUAAUGGACCGUCUUUGACAAGCGGAGCAUCUGAUCCUCCUAAUCCAUUUGAUAAAUUCCGGAGUUCUUUGUAUCCUGCUGCCAAUGGAGUAAUGCCAGGUUUUACUGAUUUCUCCGUGCCAAAACAAAAUGAUGAUUUUACUGCUCUGGAACAGCAUAUUGAGGAUUUAACACAAGAGAAGUUUUCACUGCAAAGGGAUCUUGAUGCUUCACGUGCACUGGCAGAAUCCUUAGCAUCAGAAAACUCUUCGAUGACAGACACGUAUAACCAGCAGAGAGGUCUUGUUAACCAACUAAAAGAUGACAUGGAGAGGCUAUAUCAACAGAUCCAAGCCCAAAUGGGGGAACUUGAGUCUGUCAGGAUUGAGUAUGCAAACGCACAGCUAGAAUGCAAUGCUGCUGAUGAGCGUUCCCAAAUACUGGCUUCUGAAGUCAUCAGUUUGGAAGAUAAGGCUCUCAGACUCAGAUCUAAUGAGUUAAAGCUGGAGAGGGAACUGGAGAAUGCACAAGCAGAAAUGUUAUCUUACAAGAAAAAAUUACAGAGCCUAGAGAAAGAUCGUCAAGAUUUACAAUCUACAAUUAAAGCUCUUCAGGAAGAGAAGAAGGUCUUACAGACUAUGGUGCAGAAAGCUUCCACUGGUGGAAAAUCCACUGAUCUGAGUAAAAGCUCAACUAACAGAAAAAACGCGUCAACCUCUACAGAAGGUCUCGCAAUCUCAGAUACUACGCCAGAGAGCUCCAUCCAGGAAACUGAUUCCACUACUCUGCUCGAAAGUGAUUCAUCUAAUACAGCUAUCAUUCCUGAAACUGGACAAUUAAUUCUUGAAGGUUUUUCAUUGAGCGUCCCAGCUGAUCAGAUGAGAGUGAUUCAUAACAUUAAUACGCUGAUUGCUGAGUUGGCAAUUGAGAAGGAAGAACUGGUGCAAACACUGUCAUCUGAGUUAUCUCGAAGUGCACAGGUGCAGGAGCUGAACAAAGAGUUAUCCAGAAAACUUGAAGCGCAGACAAAAAGGUUAGAGCUUCUAACAGCACAGAAGAUGGCCAUAGACAAUGUUUCACCUGAAAAGCUGCAGACGGAUUCUCAUGUUGUUCAAGAGAGAACACCGAUUGCAGAUGAAGGCGAUGAGGUGGUAGAAAGGGUUCUAGGAUGGAUCAUGAAGAUGUUCCCAGGAGGACCGACGAAAAGAAGGACAAGCAAGCUUCUCUAAUGCAUGGUUUGCUCAGUCGUGUGACCCUUGUUGCCAUUCUGUAUAUCCCGGGCACAGCCAUGGAUCACGUCUUCUCCUUUAGUUUUGGAAGAAAUCAGUUGGUUCUUUUGAUCCAAAAUUUUGGAUUCCAUUGAAUUGAGCAAAAAUGGUAUAGUGAGAGAGACACCUUGAAGAGUUCCAAAUGAAUUAGAGACACGGAAGCUAAAACAAAGAGAGAGAGGUUAUAUGAGUGCCUUUUUGCUGUUUUUUACUUAAUUUUGUAACUGUUCAUUAUAUAUAGCCAAGUUUAAAAGUGUUCCUAGCCAAAUAUAAUUUACCAACAAAAAAAAGAAAUCUUGUAUGGUUUUUGGAUAUUAUCUUCUCGUUUUAAAUUGAAGACUUGAUCAAACUUUGAUAUAAA